GAGAGAGACAAGUGUUAUCUGGACUUUAACUCAGUCCUGAUCCAAAAUGUUUUUCAGAGUCCCAAGACUUACUCCGGGCUACAUCAGGCUGCUGCAGACCCAGGCCUACCAUAACGUGUCUGUGACGCCUCCAGCUGAGAAGAACAUACCCGGCAUGGCUAUGCUGCUGGGGGCCGUGGGGAUCGGGAUGUGUGGCUACAGCUCCAGGCAGUUGGCCCUCCACCACCGGCCCUCUGCACGUGUGCUGCAGUUGGUUGGCACACACACUGAUGCCAGCAUGGUGGGCACAGCGACCCAUAGGACCCCCUUCCUGGAUGUUACUCGCCGGGCUGGUGCCUGCCAGGAGAUCCCGGCUCCUUCCUUUGUGGGCCAGAAAGUUCCUUUGAAAUAACCUGCAAUGCUAGGUUGGAUAUAUAUUGGCCAGCAUCACAGGUUGAGUUCCAGUAACUACACUUAUGCACAUCUAAGAUUGUAGCUAUGCUGGCCCACUGCACCAGUGUGGCCCAUGUGCUCUCUGAUGAUGUGCUAGUGUGGAUAUUUGAAUGACCUCAACCUUUAUGUUGGCAGGAAGUUGGAUGUCUUAUAGUAAUAAUGAAUUCUGUAACUAGCGCAACGCAUAAAAAUAGUUAAACUGCUGUUGGAUUGUGUCAAUUAGUCACUGAUAUUAGAGUCUUCAUAUACUGAGAGGGCACUAAGCAAUAUGCAUGAUUGGAUGAGUACAUAAUGAUGCUGGAACUUCCCAAAGACUGUUACUGAAUGUAGCUUAAAGGAGCUAACAUGUUUAAUUUGGAGAUAUUGUGUGUCUUUUUGAGGCAUGGCGUAAAAAAGGGACUGACGCUUGGCAGUGCCCCUUCGUACACAGAUGGUUGGCAGCCCUCUCCCUGUGCCCCAACCCCCCUUCACUUUCCCUCCCCAGGCAGACAGCCAUGUGUAAGUGCUUUAGCAAGCCCAUCCCUGCCCAUGACUUCAAUUGAUUUCCUCUGAGGAGGAGCAGGUGCCAUCCAUCAACAAGCCUUGGCAUUUUCUGGCACAGUCUUGCAUCGGCUGUCAAUCAAGUGACAGUGGCAGAAGACACAGGUUGGCUGAAUCAGUGACUGGUGCUUCCUGUGUUCAGAAAAGUUAAAUUCUCCAAGGGCUUGGUGAGGAUGGAGAAAGAAUAGCAGAGUGGCAGGGCGUUUUUGCGAAUUGAAAACCCUUUAACAAAAGGAAGUUAAGUACUUUCCAGACUGAAACCCGAGUCAUGUAAACAACACUUGUACAAAUACACCUGGCUGGAUUAUGAAUCCUAAUUUACCUGGCUGAGACACUACGGGUGGCAGGCAGACGAGGUAGAGUGGUGAUUCCUCCUGGAUAAGCCUGUGUCCUCUGUAGGGAUUACCCCAGGUGGAAGAUCAUUCCUGGCACACACACUCACUCACCUAAUCUGGUAUUAGAGACAAGGACCCGUGAGAGGUUGACAGUAUCUGUGCAUCCCAAAUUUGUACCAUUCCCCCUGCAGUGUCCACCGAUUGUCCUACUGUGAUACAUAGACUUAUAGUUUAUGGAAUCGGUGUUUCCAUUUGUGUUUACACCAAAAAAUGUAGCAGUAAAAGUGGACUAGAGAUUUGGCGAGACACUGAGUGUGGUUGAGAAUGCGUGCUGUGCCUUAUGGAUAGCACAGGGUCAUACUGUCUUUAUCUUUACUGUCUCUUAUUUUCACUAUGAACAUAAAAAAAUCUACUAAAUGUAGAAUUUUACAUUUCAGAGAAUGUUUAUUUUCCUACAAGCAGGACACAGGCAGAGGAGAAAGUUCCCAUGUAGUCUGCAAAGUUGUGAAAAAGGAGGGUGGUGAGAAAGUUGAGUGUUUCAUCACUUAGAGGUCAGUCAGACCUUAUAAUCCAGUUUUUCAUUGCUGAAGAGCCACCCUUGUCUGCCAAAUUGGAUCAGCAGCUUGUUGUUGCAGGUUGGGGUUUUUUAGAGCCACAAUAGGGGCCCUCCAGAACGCUAGCGCAGUAGGUCACCAACAAAAUGGUCAUAAUCCACUCAGCAGAGAGGGCUAAUGGCUCCAACUGGCAUUGACACUGUCUGAACAAUUGGUCACCUUACUCUGCACAGAGACCGACACCCAUAAACAAUUUCAUAAUGGGGAUGUGAUGGUAUCAAAAUAACAGGAUACUCUAUACACCGGUGGGGAAAACAUAGGGUAAAUUUGGGUCAUGAAAUUUUAGGAACACCUGAUUCUGAUACAUGUAUGAAUUACCAUGAUCUUCAUCUGUUCUAAAAUCUAAGUGUGAAAGUGUCUGUCUCUGGCACCAAACUGCAUUUUAUAGUCACAUUCAGUCACCACACUUCCAUAAGUGUGAAAUCAACCUGGGUGAGGACUGGAGCUUGUGUAAUGCACCUGGCUGGUUUUGAUGGAUUCUCUCUAUACUGCAGUGGUGCGCAGUGAGCACAGAGCACUGUGGAAACCUAUUGAUCUCAAUCAGAGAGUUUGGGGUUGGGGGAGAGGGGGAGGGCUUGUCUCCUCACUGCAGCAAACUUCCUGUUUCACUCAGCAUUGUACAGUUUAUGAGGGAGAACUGCCAAGACGGUGCGCUGACAAAAAGGAAUAUCUGAAAAACAUGUUUGCUGCUGGAAUAAAAUACAGGGAAUGUUUGAAAGCACAGUAUUCAUCUGUUAGCUUGUUGUGGGUGUCACACAUCACUGCUCAUUCAUUUCAAUCUGUAAAAGGUCCACAAACUCCGGUUCAGCUGUGCCCAUUAAAGGAGAGAUGUGUUCUUUUAGCCGUAUAAUUAAUAUUUAAUGAAAAGAUGUUGGAAGAGAUUUAUGAAAUAAAAGCAUAUUUGGCAAACA